GCGCUAGUGUGAAAUUACCACCGCCACCGGCCAAGACAUCCAGUGCUCCGCUUCGUCACAUCGCGAGAACAGCAACCAAGUCCAACUACGAACGCUGCUGCGCCCCGCACCGACGACGACGCUCCACAUAGAAGCAGAAGCGGUCGCAUCCUCCUGCAGAAGCCGUACGAUCUUUCGCUCCCACGCGCGACCGCCUCUCUCACCGCGACAUGCCGCCGCAAAUCAAGCAGGACCUGAAUCGGUCGGGCUGGGAGACGACAGACUUCCCGUCCGUGUGCGAGCGAUGCCUCCCGGACAACCCGUACGUGCAGAUGCUCAAGGAAGACUACGGAGCUGAGUGCAAGAUAUGCACCCGUCCUUUCACGAUAUUUCGAUGGAAAGCCGACCGCACGGCGCGCCAGAAGCGAACAAACCUCUGCCUGACAUGCGCACGCCUCAAGAACUGCUGCCAGUGCUGCAUGCUGGAUCUGUCAUUUGGACUUCCCAUCGUAGUUCGUGAUGCCGCGUUGAAGAUGGUCGCGCCGGGUCCCCAGAGCGACAUCAACAGGCAGUACUACGCGCAAGAGCACGAGAGGGAGAUCGAAGAAGGCCGGGGAGCCGUCGAGGCCUACGACAAGACCGAUGAGAAGGCGCGCGAUCUGUUGAAGCGGUUGGCGCAAAGUGAACCCUACUACAAGAAGCAGCGGCGGCAGGAAGCGGAGGGCGAGGGUGCACAAAAGGCGCUUCCUGCGCCUGGAGGAGAGUCCAGCUCUGCGGGUGGACACACACCAGGGCCUAUAAGAACGAGAGACUCGAGAGGUCCGGCCAGCGGCCGCGGUGGGAUGCGACCAGGGCGCGGCGGACGCGUGGGUGGAGCACCAGCAGCACCAAGUCCCGAGGACUGGUUGCCCCCGAGAGAUCCCAACGUUGCGUCACUGUUCGUGACUGGCGUCGAAGACGACCUGCCCGAGCACGAGAUCCGUACACAUUUUGCACAGUACGGCAAACUUCGGUCGGUCGUAUGUUCACAUCGCGCGCAUUGUGCAUACAUCAACUACGUCCAGCGGAAGGAUGCGGAAACCGCGGCAGAGACGCUGAAGGGCAAGGUAGUCAUCAAAGGCUGCCCGAUGAAGGUGACCUGGGGCAAGCCGAAGCAGCUGGAUAGCCUGGAUCAGAACGUCCGGAUGAUGUACGCGAAAGAAGGCAGGCAGGCGAGCGGCAGUGCCAGACGCGCGCAGGCGGCUAUUGAGGCGGCGCCCGAGGCCAGCCUUGACAGUCUGGCAGCCAUUGCGCCACCGCCAGGAGCAGACGAUGAAGUCAACUAUGCCAGUCUGGCUGGCAACUAAGCAUGUAUUACAUUUGUAGCAUUGGUCGGCGUUCAGGGCGGGUAUCACG